CAGGACCAGCUUUACCAAUGCAAGCAGAGUUACUUGGCAACCAGAAAAACAAACCAUUUCAGGAGCAGCCUGCUGGAGACCGGAAUCCCGGACAUCUACCUUACUGUGUCUCUUGCAGGAUCCACACCUUCUACUUCACUGGGAGAGGAUGUGGGCUCUUAAAUGCUAUAAGUGUGAGUGCUGUGGGAGUGAUUUUGUCAGCUACAAGGCUCUGAAGUAUCACUUUCGACAGAAGCAUUUUGGAAAAGUUCACUGCGAAGAAUGUGGGCACGAAGUCCCAAGGGAAAGACUGCAGCAUCACAGUGAGCCUGUACAGGAGAGGUCAACCAUGCAGACGCACAAGCUCAGCUGGGAAAAUCUAGAAGAAAGGAAUAUAAAGCAUAUGGCUACAGAAAUAUCAAAAACCUGUAGGAUGUGUUCGAGGCGCUUUGGAACAAUCCUUAGUCGGGAGAACCAUGAACUACAGGAGCAUCGAUUCACAGCCAGUAAAAGAGCCCAAAUGUCUAUAGGAUUUUCACCUCAUCAUAUGUUGGAGUGUAAGAGUCCCCAAGAGCUACAGAGAUUUGCAGAUGAAAAUAUCCGCCCAGCCUCAGGUCCUCAGAGCGCUGCCUGUGUGGCUGAGAUCGCGGCCCUGCUCACGCGGAUCCAGGCUUGCUUUCCGGUGCCGACCUCCCGGGUGAUCCAGGGUGGUUCUUACAUAAAGGGGACUGAUACUCAAGGAUGCUCUGAGAUUGACAUCGUGCUGUUCAGUGAUGUGUUUGCCGAUGUGAACCAUUGCAAGAAACAACUGACAGAAGGGUUGGAUGCUCUGAGAGAAAACUUGAAGCAAACUUCACAUGGAAACAGGAUCCUAAUGGGAAAGAGAGCACCAUUGUCUUUAAGAUUCAAUUUUGUAUGUACGGAAGGUCUCCACAGUCAUUCCUUUGAGAUCAUGGCCUACUGGGACAUCCUGGGGCCUGUCCCCUCCACAGAUUUAAAACUUCACCUUUAUCGCAGACUGUACCUCUGUGACGACAGUGACAUGGCGCAGCUGUGUGCCUUGGCCCUCUUGCCAUACCAAGUGGAUUUUGUCAAGGCAUCUGUGGCAAGGGUGAAGGAGCUCACUCGUUUAAUGAUACAUUGGUUCAAGACAUCAUUUGCCAACUCCACAGAGGAAAAUAAGUUCCGGAAACUUCCCUCCUCUUACACCGUGGAGCUCCUCACCAUUCACAUCUGGGAACUGGCGGGAAAGCCGCUGCUCUUCAGCCUGGUGCAGGGAAUGAGGGCAGUCCUCAAGCUUCUGGUUCGAUACGCAGAAAUCGAGGUUGUUUGGCACAGACACUACUGUCCCAAGUUCCCCAUUUUUGUAAAGGUGAAGCAGAAACACACAAGGCCAUUCAUUUUAGACCCUGCCAAUCCUACUGUCAACGUUUGUGACACGUGCAAUGCCUGGGAUGAAGUUGCCCUUGUGGCAAGACAUAGCCUACUGAAACCUCUUUUCAGCGGAGUGAGAGCUGAGCCCCCUUGGCUUUUCACAGACGACUGCAGUGUUAGCAGCCACUGAUAAUGAAAGCCAGGGCCCACCAGAAAUAGACCGGAGGAAAUUUCCUGACUCACUUGCAUAGCAAUGAUUCAUCAGCACGAAAGAUGUAUGAAGUGUGACUGUAGAUUAAUGUGAGUGAUUAGGCUUCUCCACAUGACAGAACUCUUACAUAUAAAUGAGCACUGGCCCCUUCAGGCGAGUCCUCAGAGAACUUGUAUGCUUAUUCCAGUGAUGUGAUUGGUCUGGAAACACUUUUAGACUUCCCCUCAGGGGAGAAUGUUCUUUUGAACAUCUUUAACGGUGACAAAAUUUGUCUUUGAGAUUGGAUUUGAUUUUUGGAAAUGGUACAAUGUAUUCACAGUGGACAUCUGUUAUUUUUUUGUCUACCCAGAAUCCUUUUCUCCAAUUAAUGGUUGGAGACUGCAUUUCUUCUAUUGUUCAUUCUGUCUCUGAAGGCUGAGGACAAAUGUUUUUUAAAAUAUCUUGGGAAAUGGCCACAUUUUCUCACUUUGGUAACUGAACCCAUAUUUACCUCAGGUGACUCCUUCUCCACAAGAUCUAUGUUGUUUAGAUUGGACAAAUUGACCACUAGUUCUGGGGGGACAGGCAUGUGACUUGGGAAUGGUACAGUGAUUCAUCGAACUAAAAUACCAGUAUAGCACCCUGUUCUGGAAUUUGGAUUUGAACUGGUGGCAAAGAAUUUCUUCUGCUGCUAUGAGGGGAGCAUGAAAGCACAGGUCAUCAUCUUGCUGCUCCACAGGGACAGCCUGCCUAAAAAUGAAGUCAGUACAAAAGAAAGCUGAUUUGAGAAGUGAGCAACAAUGCACAUGUAUGCACAUAUGUGCACAUCAAUAUCAUGAGAGAGAUCAAGUCUUGUUUUGUGCUCCUAGAUACAGAUGUAUCUGGAACAAAAACUCUUGUGUCACAAGCCAAUAAAUUCCCCCUUUGCCUACUAAGUUUGAUUUGGGGUUCUACCUUACAACCAAAUGAGCCCUGAUUAGUCCAGUAGAACAAAGCCAGGUCUAGUCAAUGAAUUAACUCAUCAUCAAGGAGUAAGGAAGACACCAAUACACUGAUAAUACAUUUCUACUCAAGAAACGUUCAUUGAGCACCUGCUAAGUAUGUGAUCUAAUAGUCCAGAUGCUAAAGUAAACUAGUUGGUUCAGGGGAAGGAGUUUUCAGCCCACAAUAGACACUGCUUUUCUUCUUCCUUUACUCAAAUGA